AUGGCCGACUCCAAGACUCCCAUUGCCUUCAUCGGCCUCGGUGCCAUGGGCUUCGGCAUGGCCACGAACCUCGUCAAGCAGGGCUACGCGGUAACAGGCUUUGACGUGUGGGGGCCGACCCUCGAGCGCUUCGCGGCCGCCGGCGGGCUCACGGCCACGACCCCGGCCGCUGCGGUGGCCGGCAAGGACUUUUGCGUGUGCAUGGUCGCCACGGCGCAGCAAGCCCAGGCGGUCCUCCUGGACGGGCCCGAGGCCGCCGUGCCGGCCCUGCCCAAGGGCGCCGCGCUCCUCCUCUGCUCCACCGUCCCCUGCGAGUACGUCCAGUCGCUGGACAAGCAGCUGCGCAGCAUCGGCCGCGACGACAUCCUGCUGGUCGACAGCCCCGUGUCGGGCGGCGCGGCGCGCGCCGCCGACGGGACGCUCUCCAUCAUGGCGGGCAUGUCCGACGCCGCGCUGGAGAAGGCCCGCCCGCUGCUGGCCGAGAUGGCGGACCCCGCGAAGCUGUACAUCGUGAGGGGAGGCGUGGGCGCUGGGAGCAACAUGAAGAUGGUGCAUCAGGUGCUGGCAGCGUGUCAGAUCCUGGCCGCGAGCGAGGCGAUGGGUUUCGCGGAGCGGCUGGGACUGGACCUGGCCAAGGCGCAGCAGGCGGUGCUGGCCUCGGAGGCGUGGAACUGGAUGUUUGAGCACCGCACCCCGAGGAUGCUGACCCAGUUCCAGCCCAUAGCGAGCGCGGUGAACAUCAUCGUCAAGGAUACCAAGAUUAUCACGGCCGAGGCGCAGAGGAGUGGGUUCCGGGUCCCGAUGACGGGCAAGGCCGAGGAGGGCUACCAACAGGCGGUUGACAAGGGGUACGGGCAGGAUGACGACAGCAGCCUGUUGCGAUUGUAUACCGAGGCGGAGAGGAACGAGACGACAGAGAGCUCCGGCAAGACAGACGAGGAGAAGCUCGCGUUGGUGGUUGACCUCCUGAAGGCGAUCAACCUCUGCGCUGCUGGAGAGUCUCUCGCGUUUGCUAACUUCGUGGGCCUCGAUCUCGACCAAGUGCUUGACCUGUGCGCCAACGCAGCGGGAUCGAGCACGAUGUUGAAGCAGUAUGGCCCCGGGUUCAUCAACGCGCUUCGUGCGGGCGCCGAGUCCAAACUCUCGACGGCGGCGGACGGCGAGCUGAGUCUCAACGAUGUCGCGGCGAAGCUGCAAACGGCAGUGGAAGAGGCCGGGAGGAUCAAGGUUCCGUUAUUAUUGGGGGCGCGGGCGUUGGACGUUUUCCGCGAAGCCUUGCAAUCCGGGACAUACCAACUUUCAGUUAAUGCGGCGGUAAAUGUCUGGGCCAGAGCCAACCCCCACCACAGUCGCGUUUCCACAGUCGCGACGCGUUGCUCGGGCUCCCAACUUGCCCCAAUACACAGUAUUCGGAUCUCACAUCGCGAACUAUCAGUCCUGAAAAUGGAAGCUGCUAUGCGUUCCCAUUUUUUCACACACGGGCUACCCGAGUCGAACCCAGACGAGGAGAAAAGCUGCACCUGGUGCCAAAUCCGAUCUUUCGCAACACACAAAACCACCCCAAUAACUAUAAUUAACGAGGAGGACGACGAAGUUGUGAACCCCAACUUCCGUUUUAUCGACCAUUCCAUCAUCGCUGAUGAUGUCCCCGUGGCCGAAGAUUCCUUCCGCACGGGAUGCAACUGCACGGACGAUGAGCACUGCAUGUACGACACAUGUCAGUGUCUCGAUGAAAUGGCCCCGGAUAGCGACGAGGACGAAUACGAUGACUCGACCACUCGGCCGCGACGGAAACGGUUUGCCUACCAUUCGAGUGGACCUAAGGCGGGCUUAUUGAGGAGUAGGAUCCUCAUGAGCCGCGAGCCCAUCUACGAGUGCCACGACGGUUGUAACUGCUCUCUCGAAUGCCCCAACAGGGUGGUAGAGCGGGGCAGAACGGUACCGCUGCAGAUUUUCCGGACUGAGGAUCGAGGGUGGGGUGUUAAAUGCCCCGUCAACAUCAAGGAAGGGCAAUUCAUCGACAGGUACCUCGGCGAGAUCAUCCCGAGCGAGGAGGCCGACAGGCGCCGCGCAGACUCAACUAUCUCCCGGCGUAAAGAUGUCUACCUCUUCGCGCUCGACAAGUUUUCGGACCCGGAUUCCCUAGACCCACUCCUGGCUGGAGCGCCGCUCGAGGUGGACGGGGAGUGGAUGAGUGGACCGACGCGGUUCAUCAACCACAGCUGUGAUCCAAACAUGCGCAUCUUUGCGCGGGUUGGCGAUCAUGCAGACAAGCACAUCCACGACUUGGCGUUGUUCGCGAUUCGGGAUAUACCUGAGGGAGAAGAGCUAACGUUCGACUACGUCGACGGGCUGGAGGAGAUGGAUAGCGACGCGCACGACCCGUCAAAAAUUAAGGAUAUGACGAAGUGCAAGUGCGGGACCAAACGCUGUCGAGGGUUCUUGUGGUGA